AGUUUCGAGUGUUCGCAGAAAUCCGACCGUGCGGGAGCAACAACAAUCACAUCCAAGAUGGAGACGGUGAACGCGGGACACACGAUGAGUUUAGCUGCUCUACAGCGACAGGACCCGUACAUCAACAACCUGCUCGACGUCACCGGCCAGGUGGCUCUGUACAACUUCAACUCCAAGACGAACGAAUGGGAGAAGACGGACAUCGAGGGCACCCUGUUUGUCUAUGCCAGGUCUGCCUCCCCUCACCAUGGCUUCACCAUCAUGAACCGACUGAGCACAGAGAACCUGGUGGAGCCGAUCAACAAAGACCUGGAGUUCCAGCUGCAGGAUCCUUUCCUGCUCUACAGGAAUGGCAACUUGGGUAUCUACAGUAUUUGGUUUUAUGACAAGAGGGACUGUCAACGUAUCGCUCAGCUGAUGGUCAAGAUUGUCAAACAAGAAGCAGACCACGCCCAGAGAGAGUCACCAGAGAGGGCAGAACCGGGGAGGACCAAUGGCAUCGCAGAACCACGGCCCAUCGACAUCCUGGAACUACUAAGCAAAGCCAAGGAUGAAUAUCAGAGAGCGCAGACAUGUGAUACAGACGGACCUGCAGAACGUACCCGCAGAACACCACAACCUGAAAAGAGCUCUCACACAAUAGUGAAGCAGAUAACAGUCGAGGAGCUCUUUGGCUCAUCCCUCCCUAAGGAUCCUUCUCUACCUGCCAUGCCUGCACAGAACUCCACCAACGCUCCCUGCGACCCCUCCGCUGCCUACACCCACAGCCAGUCUUAUCCCACUUCAGGACAUCAAAACCCUGGGUCCAACCAACUGCACCAAGUCUCUGGCCUGCUCCCAGCACCUUAUGCACUACACUCCAGCCCUGUUUUCCAGUCGGUAGUCCCCAUGCCAGACCCCCAGCCUCUGUGCUCAGUGUCACCUCUGAUGUUGCCGAUAACAGGCUCAGAGCCUCGUGCUGCUCCCCCCAGCCCUGCAGCACCACCGGCCAUUUCCGGAGCUUAUUUAGGACAGGAAAUACUCAACACGCUCAAACCCACUGUGUCAUCCAUAAAUUCAGACAUCCACAAACCCAUCCUCGCACCCAACUUCCUGCCAAGCACCUUGGUCCCGCCCCACAGCUUCCAGGAGCCCAUGGGGAAACCCCUCCACGGCAAAGAGAUGGAUGUUUUCUCACAGCCUCCAAAUCUGAUCAAACCAAUAUCUGCUGUCCCCAUGAGUCCAGGUCUUGCUGUUCCAGGACCCGGGAUUUCGGUGCUUCUCUCCCCCAGCGCCUUCCAGCAAUCCAGCAGUAAGACAUCAACCACAGCAGCAGCAUCAGUGGUCCAUCCGGCCCCCUCUGAGCCCUCCUCCGGCUCUGUAGGAGCUGCAGAGCCUCCGCCCGCCCCCUGCAGCAAAACACAGCUACAGGAGACUCUGAUACACCUCAUCAAGAACGACGCGGACUUCCUCGGUACCAUUCAUGAGGCCUACCUGCAGACUCUGUCGAAGGACUUCAGCGGCAUGAAGCUAUAGUCCCACUUCAGCCGUCACCACUGUAACGUUUAGUGCCACGACCCCUUCAUGACCUGUGAGACGACCAGAAGCUAGUGGGGAGAUAAGGAAGUGCAGCGAACAGGUUUUUGACUCACUGUGCACUGCGACUCUUCAAAACUAGUCUGUGCUCUGAGGGUUAUUAUAGCAUGCGCUCUGCCGUUUGAUCCCCUGCUCCUGACUCAGAACUUUUCUGUGUUUCGAGUCUUUACCUGACCACAGAUGCUGCCCCGGCUAGUCGUGUCAACUUGGUUUGACAUUUUUUUCAGCCAGAUCCACUGUGGGAGAGAGGGAUGAGAUGAAACGUCCCACUGUGGCCUUGAGUUUUCUUUUUUUCUUCUUAAGGAAUGUGAUGAAACCUUCGGCAACGUGCAGGUAAAGUUUAGCUGUUGCUGGUUUAAGAGGGGGCCACGGUGGAGCUUCGCAUUUGACCUUCGGAUAGAUGGAUUUUUCGGCUCAGAGCCACAGCCGCUGCUUUUCUCACUCAUCUCACAUGUUCGGCGCUCUCGCAAUGCGAGAGUACAGGAACUAUUAUAAAUAUCACUUAAGCUCUGAUGACUUAUUAACCAGAGACAUCUGUGUUGGGGACCUCUGAACUGUUUUGUGAGUCCUUGCAGACAAACUGACCACUUUGUGGCUUUCUUUUUUCGCUGACUGAAUCUUCUUCCUGAAAGUCACGCUGAAACCUGUGUUUUUCAAAAUGCCACAGAGACGCUGUUCAGCCAUUAGAGUUUUUGUGGCAUUUCAUCUCCCUCAUUCCUUUAAUGAGGAGGAGACUCUUUUUUUGAGCCCUUGUCUAAGGAGAAGAGAAAGAACUUCCCCUACGUGUUUGGAGCAGCACUUGCAGAUUAAACCUCAGUCUAAGAAUUAUAUCUCGAUUUUUUUCCUUUUUUAAUGUUACAUUACUGACUGUGACAUAAAGACACAGAUGAAUGCACAACCUUGCUUCUUCGCUACCUUUCCUUUCUCCACGUCCUUCCUUUUUGUUCCUUAGUGUGUCUCCUCGUCUGUGUCAUUCAUCUCUCCUCCUCUUCCGGCCGAGCUCACAGCAUUUGAUGUUGUUGGAGAAGAAUGUGCAAUAGACCGCUGUCGCAAUGCCUUUAGGAAUACCAGCAUUUUGGGAUGUUUUAAGAUGGUACGUUGAGCUUUGUUUAUUUGGAAGUCUGAGUUCUGCAAGAGAUGUAUAAUUUUAAGAGAACAAUUUACAGUUUUGGUUCUGAUAGCUUCUGUUUUUUUCAAACCAAUAUGAGUUCAUACCAGUAAUCCAAUCUAAUGAUGAAAAUAUGAAUUACCUCCAGUCCUGCUUUCAGUUUUUAAUUCCAAGCCACAGUUAAGUCUUGAGUCACAAAGACUUAAACCCAAAAUAAAUUGUGGUAAUUAGGCUUUUAUUUUAUUUUUGCAGUAAAAUGCUACUGCAGCACUGAGCAGUAAACCUUGCAGGUGGAACAGGAAGGAGCACAUCUGCCCCCUGAUCAUGUGCAAAACUGAGUGGCAAUGAGUCGGAUCUAAUGAACAUCUCAAAUCAGCUUAUGAAUAUAAAAAAAAGUUAGUUAUAAGCAUUCUGAAUAGACACAACAGGCUAUUAAUAGGUUUAAUUUGCCCAGUUAUCACAAUAUGUUCAGAACAUGAAAAGAGUCAUGAAGAUUUAAGUUAUAAGGCUUCUUUCUAACAAAUGGCACAUUGAUCUCUGUAGUUUGCUCAACGGUACAUUUACCUUAACUAGCAGUAUACUGGUCAUUCCAGAUGGAAACAAUGUUUUUUUAUAUUUAGGUUUCGUUAACAAAGUGAAGUUCAUGUUCUCUUCAUUUCACUUCAAAGAAAUUAUGUGAUCGAACAUGUUUCCCCUGCGUAAAAUUGGAGAAUCUCUGAACGAGUGGUAUGAGUUGACUUUGAGUUUGCUCCUGCUAUUUGAAUGUAUUCUGUGUUUACUUGCAGUUCAUAUGUGCCAGCCUUGUAUUCCUCUGUAUUUAAGUUGAUGUCAGAGCCACAUCUUUUCACUUUAUUUGGAAGAUUUUAAAUUUAGAAUGUAAAGAAGGAUUUGUCCGCAGCCAGAGUCAAUUUGUACACUUUCAUUGCUCUGUUAUCGUUUUCAUUACAGUUGCCAACACCUCUGGCAUGUGUUGGUUGAAUAAACGCAUGCCGGAAGAAUGAUUGAAAUCCACAGAUUGUUUUUAAUUACGGUCACAUAUUUAAGAUUUUUAAGGACAUCUUACAUUGAACUAUAAUUUAUCUGCAUUUGCCAGAGGAAUGAUUUUGGGAAAGUCUUUGAGAAUUACAUGAAUCUCCUAAGAUUGUCGUCACUGUGCGUAAUUUUGGUUAAUUAUUAUUAUUUUGUGAUAAUAAAGAUUUGAAAAUAGAA